AUGGGAAGCAGUUGUUCUUCCAGGCAAGAACACAAAGACAAAGAUAGUGUUUCAACUAAAUCUGAAGAGUCACCAGCUUAUCAAAUUAUAAUAAAGAAAAAUACAGAAGAUGAUGAAUCAAAAUUUGGUGAAAAUAAACCUCAAACUGGAUUAAUUUUAAAACCAACUGAAUUACCCUCUGAAGAAUAUGCAAAACCAAGAAAUGCUGUUACUAGUAUUUCAGAUUCUAAUUCAUUGCCAUCACCUCCUAUUCUAAGCCCUAAAGAAAUUACAGAACCACCACUUUUGCCUGAUGAGCUCACUCAACUUCCAGAAUCUUUCCAGAAUUUGAUCACAGGGAGAAUUGCAAAACACAGUUUAAAUUUUAAGAGCAGAAAAAUUGUUUUAUAUGUAUGUGCUGCUGAUUCCCAAGAUUGUUGUGUUGAAAAAGGAGUUCUUCAUCAAGUUGUAGGCCCUGAAUUGAGAAAUUACUGCAGAGAUAAAGGUUAUGAAUUUCACAUAACUGAUUUACAUUGGAAAACAGGAUUGGAAAAACAACAAGAUCAUGAAUUUCCCGAAUUGUGUUUGGAAGAACUUGCACGUCAAAUGGAAGUUGGUUACAUUAUACCGGUUUUGUUUCUCUCAAAUUCAUUGGGAACACCAUUAUUACCAAAAACAGUUGAAACACAAGAUUUUGAAAUGGCUCUCAGUCAAGCUGAAGAUAAAGAUAGUUUAAAAAAAUGGUACAGGUUGGAUUCAGAUGCUCAACCUCCUUGCUACAGAUUAGUUCCAGUUGCUUCUCAUAUUCCAGGAUUUAAGGAAAAUUCUUGGAAAGAGAGAGAAAAAGCAUUAGAAGAAUGGAGAAGUGAAAUUGAAAAAACUUUGACUGUAAUGAUAUCAGCUUUUUCAGAAGAAUUAAGAAACACAUAUUUAACAACUGUUGUAGAACAGGAAGUGCAUAAUACAAUAUUAAUGUCUCAAGAAUUGGCAAGAAGAUGUUUGUGGUUAUACCGUGUUUUUACUCAGAAACCUGAAUCUACACAAACUUUGAGUUUACUUGCACAGGAACAAAAGAGGAGACUUGAUAUAGUUUAUAAAGAAUUAAGAAGUCAGUUAACUGAAAAGCACAUUGUUAGAGUUAAUGUUAAAUGGAAUCAAGAUGGAAUUGUGGACAAAAACAUUCCAGAGCAUGUUCAAUAUAUAAACGAUGUUACAUCUCAUCUUACAAAAUAUUUAAAAGCAACAAUAUUUACUAUAAUUGAAGAAGAUCAAUCGAAGGCUGUAAUAAGAUCAAUGUUUGGUAUCGAAGCACAAUUUUUAAACGAAAUAAAAUGGCAAGCUCUAUUUUGCCAAAAAGCAGUACAAAGUUCCGUCAUGAGAGAGGAAAUUUUACAAAGCAUACAAAGCUACGUCACGAGCGAUUCAACGAGUCCUUUGCUGAUACAUGGUGUGCAAGGCUCUGGAAAAACAACAAUAUUAUCUCGUGCCGUUCAUUGUAUUCAAACAUGGCUUCCAGAUUCGUACUCAUUAUUUAGAUUUGCUAAAAUUUCAGAAUUAAGUUAUACCUUGACUGACAUAUUAAAAACCGUUUGCGAUCAGUUAUCGUUGUUAAGCAAUGGACAUCAAACUUUUUGCAAUUACAAUACAAAUACAUACGGGACAGAAUUUUCGAAACUUAUAACGACGUCAUCGUUUCAACGUUCGGUCGUCAUUCUUUUAGAUGGUCUCGAUCAUUUAAAAAAUUUAAAUUUAGAAUGGCUACCGUGGAAAUUACCAACCAAUGUCAAAUUAAUAAUAACAGCCAGAACCGAGAGUAGUUUAUAUAAUAAAUUUAAAUCAAAUUUACAAUCAAACAAUUUUCUCAUUGAAAUUCCAGAAUUAAGUAAAUCGGAAGCCGAAAGAUUACUUUUAUCCUCUGUUUCACAAUAUAGCCAUUCCGUGAGUUCAAAAGCAGCACAACGUGUUCUUUCCGUUUUGCAAUUUUGUCGGCUUCCUCUUUACGUUAAGGUUCUUGCAUGGAGAGUAUCUUGGUUUACAGAAAUAGAACAUGAAUUUGAUCCGAAAGUUAAUUUAAAAGAAGAAAUGAAUUCAAUGUUGGAUUAUGUUGAUGCCAUGUUAGAUUCGAACAGAGUUAAAAUGGCCGUUUCACUUAUUGUUGCUUCCAAAUACGGUUUGAGAGAUUCAGAAUUACUUGAUAUAUUUUCAAAUCAAACAAUUUUCCAUUCGGAAAAAACUUAUUUACGAUGGGCUCCGGCAUGUUUGUUUUUGAGUAGAUUUCUCAAAUAUUUAAAUCCAUUUUUUCAAUGGGUAUCAGAUGGUAAUAAUUUGACGUUAAAAAUUAGCGAUAAUACAUUUGAAGAAAUUAUUAAUCAACGAUACGUAAAAGAAAAUAAAAUUUAUUCUCAAUUGAUUUAUGAAUAUUUUAAAAACGAAAAAUUCAAUUCCAUUGAAAAACCUGCAAAUCAAUUGAAGAGAUUUGAUAUAUCGUCUUAUAAAAGAAAACUGAUUGAAUUGCCUUAUCAAUCAAUUAUAUUAAAUUAUAAUACCGUUGAUGAUUUUCUUUUAAAUGAAAAAUGGCUUUAUGAUAAAAUAUGCGGAUGUGGAGUUUUUCAAAUUAUCGAUGAUAUAAAGGAAAUAAAUGGAAAAUUCGAUAUAUCGAAUGAUUUGUUACUACUGCAAAAUAUAUUAGAAAACAAUCACAAAGCGUUAAAUUAUGACGGACGACAAAUGUAUACUUAUUUUUUUAAUGAAUUAAAUUCGAAAUGUUUGAAUGAAAGUCAUUUUUGGGAAUCGUUUUAUAAAAAAAUAAUAAAUCCUCCAAUAAAUUCUUUAAUGCCUGUUAAUAAAGAAACGCUGCGGGUCAGCGAUUUCUCUCAAUCGCCUUUUGAAAAUACAAAAAAUAAUCAACAAGAAUCUAACGAAAAUAUUAAUUUAAUUUUACGUUUAAUUGAUAAUCCAAAUUUUAUGGUUUCCGUAUCGACGAAACAAGAAGAAAUUGCCGUGUGGGAUUUAUUCACUUGUGAAAAAGUUCGUAGUAUCAAAGGUGUUACUCAUCCGACAUCAUUACAAUUAAUCGAUGAUUAUAGAGCUGUGGUUCUUUGCUGUCGCGAAUUAAGAAUAUAUAAUUUAGAUGAUGGAGUAUUAGUAACAAGGUUAAAAGGUGUUAUGAAUCAAAAAAUGGCCUUUUUCGGUUUGCACGAUAAAAAUCAUCUUGUUACAUUAAGUAGAAAUAGAAUGUAUGUAAACUUGAUGAAUUUGGAUAAUGGAGAUUGUAUAACAACGUUCAAAGCUGGAGAAGAUAGAUUUUUAAAUUCCCUGCUCGUUUCCGGUGAUGGAAGAAUAUUAGUUUGCGGGGAUGAAACACAAAAACCAUUUCCGUUACUCGUAUGGAAUUUAUCCAGUAGAAAAUUAUUAUAUGACCUCAGAAUACCACAUCAUGAUUUUAUAACGAGUUUAAGUGCUAUAACUCAUGAGGGUCAUUAUGUUUGUUGUGUUGCUAAGGAAGUUAUUGAACCCGGACCAAAUUUUAUAGUCGUGUACGAUCUGCAAAAUGGUACACUUUUUAAAAAAUGGAAACCAGGUGUUGACACAACAUCACUUGACAUUUCAUCAAAAGAUUCUUGCGUCAUUUCCGGUCUCGCUGAUGCAAGAAUUUUAGUAUGGGAUUUAGUAACGGGGAAUUGUCGAUGGAGUUUUCGGGGACAUUCGGCUCCAGUGACUCUUGUUAGAAAAGAUCCCUGCGGUGGUUCAUUUUUAUCUGCUGAUAUUUUAAAUAGGGAUAGAUCGAUCAGAAUAUGGGAUCUCAUCAAAGGAGAAUUAUUGGCGGUGUACACACCCCCCAAGCCUUUUAGCGCUUGCGAAUUAGGUAAAGGAGGUAAAAUGGUUGCACUUACACUUAAGGGUGAACUCGAUAUAAAAUCGUUGAUAUUAAAAGGACCGGAAAUAGAAGAAAUUGGAGAAAAUACAGUACCAUAUGGUAAAGUUGAAAAUAAUGGGAAAACGUUUAUACUGACUGAAAAUCAAGAAGGAAGAUGA